CUUUUUAACCAGCUGGAUCCCAGAUACAACCACAUUCUGCUACUCCCCUUUGACCCCCCGCACACUCACACUCGGUUCGCUUCAUCGUAGCCUAAUAACGGACGACCAUCAUGCCACCUAGAAAAGCGGCAACAAAGAAAAAAAUUGCGGCAACCAAGGCUAAAAGUGCACCGGCGCCAAAGAAAGUCCCUGCAAAGCGCAGCCGGAGCUCAGACGUCGAAUCUGACGCGUCAUCUGAGGUGUCGGAACCCGAGGCUCCGGCAAAACGCGUCAAGACCGAUACAAAGACAACGACAGCUCAGGCUACCAAGGCUGUCGAUGAAAAGCCCGACUUUGGCGGCAAGUUCGACUUGUACAACAUGUCCCUCGACUAUCUUUGUCGUUUCGCACAUGGAGAGACGGAUUACGAGGCAAUCUACAUUGCUAUCUUGGAGCACCAGGAGAAGUCCGAGUUCAGUGCUCAGGUCGCGAUUCCCAAGGCACCUUAUUUCGCCGAGGAUGGUGCCGCGAAGGACCCAGCGUUUUGCAUCGAGGACAUGGAUAUACCCCCGUUUCCCCUGCUCUUGAAGUACAUCCGAGCGGUGGAUACCAUCGGAUACACGGAUAUGGAGCUCAAUUUCUUCCCCGAGAGCGAUGAUGAUGCUGUCCGCAUCAACGCUCCAGGUCUCAUGGCUGACUUGAAAUUGGCAAGGAGAAACCCUAGCGCUAGCUGUUGUUCGGGAAAAUUCCUCAUGCAUCGGUGCUGGAUGCAGACCAAGGGCGAUGGUUCAAUCGUUGAGCUAUUCGAGGGGUAUUUUGACGUCAGCUUGAGCUACGGCAAGACAAAAUUUGAUGGCCAUGCUUGUAGCGCCGACAGUGUUUUUGGCUUUUGGGCAGUGCGCGCGAGGAAGGAUGAGAAUGGAGAGGAAAUUGGUGUUGAAUUGGGCGAUGACGAGGGCGGUUGCUUCGGUUUUUAAGUCAUAGCGCUAGAAUCUGUAAGCAAUGCAAUUAAUCAAGGGAUUGACACCCUCUGG